GAGAGAGAGAGAGAGAGAGAGAGAGAGAGAGAGAGAGAGAGAGGUUAUGUUGAGAUUGAGGAGGUGAGGGGGUAAGGGAACAAGGAGGCAGUGGGGUUGGAUGGAAAGGCGGACAUGGAGGGGGAUGAGGCGUUGAGAAAGGCGUAUGUUCAUUGACACGUCACUAUUUCUGGCCUAUGAUGUUUACCUAUUACAAUUCCUAGAGUUGACAUGUUGCCUUAGCUAAAAGUAAGGGUAUGAGGGCUGCUAUCGGUACUUUGUCAGUGCCCCUGAUGAAAACAUUGUUGGUUUGCAGAACUUAACUGUUAAGAAAUUACAUGUAGCCUAUAUGAACUUCCUGGUUUGCUAAAAUACCACUUUUAUGAUUAACAAAAAUUAUGUGCUGCAAAGAUUAGAAAAUGGAAUGAAAAGAAAGUGUUUUGUUCUUAUUAUCAUUAUUUUUGUAUCUGCGCGGGAAACUGGCCCACGUCUUUAAACUCGGAGGCACAAUGGCGUCCAGCACCUGUGAGACGAACACCAAGAAUUUCAACCACUGUGGCCCCACCAUGCUUCCUGACGCCAUGAAGCUUCUCCCAGAAGCAGCAGGGCCAGGUCAUCCAUCAGUAGACAUGAUGCACCACGCUGAUGCCGCACAUGCAGUUUAUGCUAAUGGCCAUGGGAGUGGCAGCUUUGUGGGUCACACCUCUAAGCCUGGCCCUGGAGACAUGCCCUAUGGCUCGGAUGGUCCCUGCUUCGUGUAUGGCAUGUGUCCAAUGCCAGUUCCAACAGAGGGCUGGGAGAGGAUGGUUGGGGAGGCUGGAGGGAAGGAGAUUGCAGAAAGGAAGAUAGAGGAGGGAAUACAGCUUACUGAUUACAUGUACCAAUAUCACGUGCCUGGCUACCUUCCUUACUCUCACCUGUACACAGCUUCUCCACAGCACAUGUUCCCUCCUGAUGCUGCCACUGCUCCUCCUGCCAGUCCAAUGAUCCUACUCACUCCUGCCACCUCCUCCCCGUCCUCCACUAAAUCAAUCCCAAAUUCUCUCACUUCUCUGAAGAAUGAGGGUGAAGAAGUGCUCGAGGGCAGCGGCACAAAAAGUUACGAGGAAAUGAAUGGUCGCUCUCCACCUGUUGCUGCUGGUACUGGUGCUCCUCAGCCACCACUUCAUGCAAUUCCCCAACCAGUGCCUUUUGGUGGUGCAUACCCAUACCCCUUCCUGGAUGACAAGGCAGGGGUGAUCGGAGGGGACAGUUACUGGUACUCGCUUGCUAAUGGACAUAUUGCGGCUGAUCCCUCCACACCCAUGAAAACCCCUCUCUACUAUUCCUGCAUGCAUCAAGAGCCUGCUGCCUUCAUGCCCACCACACCUUCCUACAUCCCUGACACCUCUGUGAUCCCCCCCACACCACCUCCAUCCAUUUCCUCCAUCCCACAGUCUGCCAUCCCUUUCUCUCCCCCCACCCAAAGCUUGGUCUUGAAGAAGAGCGUGUUCAAAUCGGAUGACAUUCUCUUCUACAACCACUACCAACACCUCAACCUCCCCAUGGAUAUGUUUGGAAAGCCACAUCUUCUCACCUCUACCAAGAGUGAAGGGAAGCUGUGUGUGGAGGACUUGUGGGUGAAACACAUGCGCAUCCUGUUCAAACACCUGCCAGACAAAUGGGUAUUGUCGCCACUGCAGCCAAACCGCAAGAUUAGCUCCAAGUGGUUUGCUUUCCGUGACGUGGCUAAGGUCCGCUUCUACUGCAAGGGAUGCAACGAUGGAUGGACCAGCAUGUACGGCGUAGUUGUCUUCCACUACCGUUGGAACAAGAAGAUGCUGCAGGGCCAGAUCAUGUACAGGGUGGCCGGGCAGAAGUGCAGUGGUUCCUGCUCUUCAGAGUGGUUUGAGAUGCCACUGUGGUAUCCAGAGGAGGCACAGAAGGUCAUCACCAAUCUGUACUACAAGAUUGCCUCCCAGUACUACAACCUGGUCACACCGCAAUACAUUCGAACGAGGCGUUAUGGCCGGCCAGCAGCUCACCACAACCGUAACCUGUGUGAGGGCUGCAUCAGUGGCCUGUGCAAGAUGGACCCUGUGGCCUCCAAAGUAUCUGUGUGUGAGUGAUGACUUCUGUUCCUGCUGGAGGUGUUUAUGGGUGGCACUCUGCAUGAAAAGGAGCUGUAGUGUAUUUUUAUAUUGUCUUGUUUCAUUUUGUCGUCAUCUUUCCAGUUUCAGAUGCACAGGGAGUGUAUGUAUGGUUUCUUUCCAUUGAUCGGUUCCAGUUGUGUUGAUGGUGUAUGCAUGUUUGUGGUGGUUCCCUGGGUUGGUUAUAGAUGACAGCUGUGCAAGUAUGCUUGGCUUUUAUUUUUCACUGACUUGUAUAGCUGUGCAUACUAUUAUUAUCAUCAUCGUCAUUCUCAUGCAUGUCACUCAUUUUGUACUGUCGUUGUGGAGUUCCGACGGUUUGGUAGGUUUAAAUUAGUAUAAGAAUUAAGUCAUGCAAUUAUCUCACCUUGUAAAUUAAUAUAUGCACCUGUAACUUUUGUAGUGAAUUAUUUGAAUGUGUGUGUGUGUGUGUGUGUGUGUGUCAGAUGCCAGUGCAGUUUAGGCAGCAGGUAUGGCAGACAUGCACAGGAAUGGGAUGCAGGGACAGGUGUACAUUUAUUUCCUAUGUGUUAGGACAACACAGAUCUUUGGUGUGUGUGUGUGUGUGUGUGUGUGUGUGUGUGUGUGUGUGUGUGUGUGUGUGUGUGUGUGUGUGUGUCUUUUGUUGCUUUCUAUUUUGUUCCACACUUCGGUAAGAUGUGAAAUUUUUUUAUGAAAUGUAUGGAAUUUGUGAUGUUAAUUAUACAUAAAAGUUAGGUACAUAAGAUAUUAAUUGGCUUGUAGAUGUGUUAACUUUUUAAGUCAUUCAUUGAAAUUUAAAUUUUGAGUUUUGAAUGUUUUAAGGCUAGAUGUUUUGAUUUACAUUAUUGAAGUUGUGUGUGUUAUACAGUAUGUAUUUUCAGAUGGCAGUUUUAAGCUAGCAAUUUUCACAUAGAAUUUCUAAGUACUUUAUUUACUUCAUGGAAAAUGUUUUUAAGAAUUUUAGAUUUUUAUUUUCAAUAUUUUACUCUUAAGCUCAUUAGAUUUUUAUUUUCAAUAUUUUACUCUUAAGCUCAUUUGUAUUGAUAAUUUGCAUGAGGGCCGUAUUGAUGUUGUGCAUGUAUGUGCCUAAGCUUGGGCUGACUGGUUCAAUAAACCCAUCGUCUGUACA